ACAAAUCCUCUGUAGCGAUGUAAAGGAAUUUAACGCCGACAAAAGGUUCACAAUCCCCGCCCUGGGCAGAACGAGGUUUCACGCUCGAGUCAUUCACACAUCGGUUUAGGACCUUAACCAAACACGAGCUGCAAGACAAGAUUACAUGUUCGUUUUACUUGAAGCACCUCUUCUCUGGUCUUCUCUCCGGAGUUCAACAAGAAAUAGGACAUCUUCGAGCUUGUAUAAAUCAGCUUUGAAGAUAAGUAGUUCUGUAAGAUUUUGAGUAAGGAGGAUAUUAAAAAUCUCUGCUGGAGUUGUCAUUGUGCCGAAUUGUAAGAAUGCACCAAAGCUCUCGUUCAACCAGCUAAACGGAUCCAACACAAAGGAGGGAGCUUUUUAUGUCCGUCUCGCAAUAUUUUAAGCACAAUGCUUCUGUAGAACGUAGCUGUAUUGAAAGGGAAUUACUUCAUGUUUUUCUGUGUAAUGAUGGGCUGGUGGUCGCCUGUGUGUAAGCAGUAGGGUCGUAUCACUUUGCGAGUUUCAUCCGCAGUGACAAACUGAAUUGAAUUCAGGAGUAGUUUGCCCACACGACAGGAUUUACAAAUUCGAGCAGCGGUCUACCUUUUCCUGCAUCUGAGAGCAGUUUGCGAAACUUUUGAUUGCUAAUAUUUUGUAGGCAGCUAUCACAACUUGGUGAUCCACAAUUAUUUGACCACAAACAUUUGGCAAAAUAAAGUUCUCUCUGACACUUACAAGUGGACCGUCGUCGAGAAAAGUGGAUAAGUUUAAAUUUUGGAGGAAUUUUAACUUUGGAACAAUUGGAAUCUGAUUUUGAUAUGACUGCUUACCGUUCCUGUGUAUAUGUCUAAAAAAUGAUGUAGAGACAGAUCAUUGCUUUAUCCGUAAUUGACUGGCUCUCAUUUAGUGUGUCAAUUGAAAAGUGAGUUCGCUAUAUUAGGUAAUUGUUAUCUUCAAAGAAUGGAUGGACAACGAAAGAUGCAAAACAUCACCGAGACGACCCCACGAGGCAGCCCGUCUCCUCGGCUCAAUGUCCCCGGGCAACUAUCCGGUGGAAACACAAAGCUUCAACCUGGACCGAACGGCGGUCGCGGCACCACCGUGACGCGGAAGUUCUCCUUAGCCCCGAGCAACGCACCCAGCACGGGCAAACAAAGCUCUGUUGCGACGCACAGCCCCGGUAUACAAAUCGACAACACGUUCCAGAUGGAGCCGGAUCCGGAUUAUCAUUUCAACGCAUCCCGCGUGGAGAAACUGUUGAAGAAACUGACGGAGUCCAUGCUGGACGGAAUCGCCUACGACCGGAACACGACGCCAGAUCUAGCCCGGAACCUGAGUGAAGACGUUAAGAACAGGGUGAAGCAACUCAAAUACGACCGGUAUAAGAUAGCAGUUCACGUCAUCAUUGGUUCCGUGGAUGGGCAAGGAAUGAAGAUUGUCAGCAGGAGUGUGUGGGACGAUCAGCUUGAUAACUACGCCUCGACUUUCUACCAGAGCUCUACCCUAUUUGCCGUGGUUAUGGUGCAUGCAACUUACUAUGAAUGAAGGAUCAGAAUAUUAUUUUAGGUACUGAACCAUCUUCGUAUACUCAGACAGCUGGGAAAACCUAAAUACAGAUGGAGCAACGUUAAUUGUGUCUGAUGAUGAUAACGCAAGACUGAAACUGUUUAAUGUGGAUCUUGGAAAUAGUAUUUUCGAGAGACGAAUCUGGCUGAGGAACUUUACUAAUAAUUAUUAUGAUAUCUUCCUUCAGCAGAAAAUAACGCUUGAAAAUGUUGUUAUGCAAAACAAGUUCUGUCACUCAGUUUGUGUGCUUACAGACUUCAUGAAACAGUGUAGCUUCUUAAUGAUACUUCUGUUUUGACUCAACACGCAAUGCGUGUGCAGGUAGCCUAGUAUUUAGACUUUUAGUAUCGCCAGACGUUGACACUAUUGGUAAUUGUCAAAGACCAGUCUUCUCACCAUGGUGUA